AUGAGCUCCUACCUCGCUUCCUUCAAGAGCUCCUCCUCGAUCUCCAACGUCCUUGGAUCCCGGCUCAACAGCUUGCGCCGGGCCAUCUCCCUAGGUGACGAGGGGGAUGACCCGGACAAUGAAGAUUGUUCUCACAUCUCCAACGCACUACGAGCCUACUACACUGAGAAGGGACGGCCAUUCCCCGCAUGGCUUCCCCCGGAUCCAAAGGCCCCGGCUCCUGCUGCGUCUCGGCCGAUUGUGACUGUUUCCGGACAACAUGCACAAGGGGCACCCGGUGGUGCUUACGGACGGAGUGGUGGUGGCUUAGGUGAUCUCUGGGGGGACUCAAAUGCAUCUUCGCCGGGAAGUACGCAGACAGCCAGUCUUCGUCGUGGCCGGGGCAGCGGUGCCAGUGGCGCUAGCGGCUCAAUGGUGACCCCUCAAAGCGCUUCCCCGGCGUCUGUCAUGUCGCCGACGUCGCAAUCUCUACAGGCUAAUUCACCUUCCUCGGGAGCCCGGCCACUCCCUUCUCAGCGGUCGGGAUCGUAUCAGUCCUCGCGGUCUAGCCAAGAUAGCAGGUCUGGGGCCGGAUCGGCGCAGGAACGACUGCGGGCACGGCUGCAGGGUGGGAGAUCGCCCAGUCCAGGGAAUCUCGAUCCCAGCGUGCGCAAGCCAGUAGGGGGAAGGCAAUGGUAG